AAAUCAGAUUCAAAUCCUGACUUUUUAGCCAACAUCCAUACUCCAGAAUUUUUGAAUGGUAUUAAAGCUUCAGGAGUUCCAAAUCAUGAACUGCAUCUUAAAGUUGGAACACCGGUGAUGCUAAUGCGGAACCUUGAUCAUUCUCAAGGGUUGUGUAAUGGGACCAGGAUGGUUAUUACCAGAUUAGGUAAGCAUAUUUUGGAAGCAAAAGUUUUGACAGGAUUGAGUGCAGGUGAGAAGGUUUUGAUACCGAGAAUGUCUUUGACUCCAUCUGAUGUGAGAUUGCCUUUCAAGUUUGAAAGAAGACAAUUUCCUUUGAUCGUCUCAUAUGCCAUGACGAUAAAUAAGAGUCAAGGACAAUCAUUGUCCAAUGUUGGAUUAGUCUUAAAAAAACCUGUUUUUAGUCAUGGUCAGUUAUACGUUGCGCUUUCACGUGUCACUAAUCCCACUGGUUUGAAAAUAGCUAUAUGUGACACAGAUGGGAAAAGUACCAAUGUAACGAUGAACG